CACGUUCAACAGGAAGUUGAUAGCACGGUCUAAUUUGCAGGGAAUCAAAUAUAGUACAGUUUUAGCGCGAGGAGAACGAAUGUUGCAUACGGUGCUGAUCAAGCACAACAAGAAUCAUGGACUCUAAUACUCAGUAUCAGUAUGGGAGUAUGGACACAGGGGAGACGGACAGUAAGAAACAGAAAAUGGAUGCUAAUACCUGGAGUACAGCUGGAUCUUAUCCUGUACCACCACCCUACCCUUACGCUACUCAGAACACCAACACCAACACCAACACCAACACCGGUUACACUGCUCCCACCACCACCAGCUGGAGCACAGGCUACGGAGGGGCACAGCAGCAAACGGGGGCUGAUUCCUAUGGCUGGGGCAGUUAUGCUGGCUAUGGACAAGGAUGGGGGACUGGACAAACAGGAACGAACAGUUGGACAGGGACGACUACUGGGCAGGACCAGAACACAGGUUAUGGGGUAGACCCGAACCAGUACAGUCAAUCCAGCUACAGCGGAGGAUGGGGACAAGGAUACAAUUAUAGCACUUCUACUGGCGUUGACUCCAAUUAUGGCUAUGGUGACAGCUCUAGCUAUUAUCGAGGAAAUUGGAGAGGAGGUCAGCAGAGUAAACCGACUGGAUACAGUCAGAGAGGCGGCUAUAGUCAAAAUCAGGGAUAUGGAACUAACUAUGGUCAAACAGCAAGUGGGGGUACAACCUUUGGAAAUAAUGAGACUGCCCCACCACAAACAGGAAAUGCAAAUAUUCAGAAGCCUUUUGGAAAUGGAAAUUCUGUUCAGGAACCCGCUCCUGCUGCACCAGUUCCUGCUGUAAGCCAAGUUACUGAAAAUGCACCAAGUCAGCAAGCAGCUGAAGACACAGCCCCAGUUUCAAAUGAAGGGAAAACCCUCCUGGGGACUCCAGCAACUAGACCAAACCAUGGCUACAGUGGUCCUGCUCCAGACAUGAUGGGGAUGCCGUUUGGCAAUCAGAAACACUUCCCAGGCAUGAGAGGAGGAUAUUUUGGGCAAGGUCCUUUCGGAGGAUUCCGAUUUGGAGAUGGGCCAAGACCACGUGGAGGUUUUGGUGGUGGCGGCGGUUUUGAUUGGUACAGGGGCAGAGGUGGAGGUCCUGGUCCUCAUAGGGGGAUGGGAAUGGGAAUGGGAAUGCAGAAGAGGAGAUGGGAACGUCCUCAUCCAUCAGAAAAGGAUAAAACUCCAAUACCUGAAAAACUUGAAAAAAUGAUCAAAUACAUCAAAUUGCAGAAUUCAAUCACUGUUGAUGUUAUUAAUUUCAUUGAUCAUUCUGUUGAGACUUGCAAACAUGGCCUGAGGAUAGACUACAGAAAUGAUGUGAAGGUGAGAGCAGAUGGAGGCGACAAGAUGUCAGGACGAUUGUACUUAAGUUCAGUCUUCCUUGCAAGAAGCAUUGGUUACAAGAAAAGGGAAGUGAAGGAGGACUGCUACCAGCAAGCUGUUGAAAUCCUCACAAACAAAACAGUGGAGGAAAUCAUGGCUUUAAAAGAUGUUGGUCCAGAGGCAACAGAAAAGCAAAUACUGGAAGAUUAUGAAAAGAAGAAAAUUGAGGUGCUGGCAGAAAGUAUGAAACUCAAUGAAGGUAUUACACUGAGGUCCCGUGAAGAGAAACUAUUAGAGCUGGUUGAAUAUCUGAAGAGUGGCAAAAAAUCUCCUCAUGAUGUUAUUGUUGAGUUGGACGAUGCAUUCAUAAACUCAGGGUGUGGACUCUCUCGCGAAUACAGUGAUGAAGAAGUUGCAUUGCCAGGUGGUGAAGUGUGGUAUCGAGGAAGGUUUAUCAUCAAUGACACCUUGAUUGCUGGGGCUUCCGGAAAAUCAAAAGAAAUUGCGAAGCAGAUUACGUACGAAAGAAGUAUGAACAUCUUGAGAAGAGUCCCACUUUUUGUCAUCCUGGAAGGUAGCACAUUGGAUGAACUUGAUCCCAAGCUUCCGUCUUCUCCAGCUUUUCAUGCACUUGGAAACAAUCAUAUUCCACUACCAGAUGAUAGAACUGAAGAGAAGCUGGCCUACUUGAUCAGCGAUGCUAUGGACAUUUCUAGAGCAACACCCCUGAGCGUAGAGCUUGACAAUACUGCGCGAGAGUAUGGCUUGACAGUCACAAAUGUCUACAAACGGGGUCCCUCAGACCAUACCAGAUCAAGCAUGUCAUGUGAAGUUUACCUGGAUAACAUCUUCGUUGCUGAUGGUGAAGGCUUCAGAAGAUUAGAGGCUGAGGAAACUGCGUAUAAGAACACCUUGAAGGCCCUGUGCACCAGCUCAUCUGAUGUUCUUUUCGCUGACUCCAAACGAUUGGUUCACUCAGAAUUGAUGAAUAUGCCAUUGGUAUCUGAGGUGUGGAUCAAAGGGUUCUACAAGAUGAUGCACUGGUCAAAUUGGUCCAAAGUAAGAAACCUGAAGAAGGCCAUCCUUGUCAAGGGGGAUCCAGACUACACAGAGAUGAAGAGGCCCAACAAAGACAUCAUUCUCUUUGAGAAUCAGAAAUCAGGAUUUGACCGAUUUGGAAGGGCAUAUGACAUUUUGCAGCUUAGUGCUACCAAUAACUUCAUGCUUCUCCAAGGAAAAACCACAAACUAUGGUGACUUGUACAGAUGUCAGCUGUUCUUACAGGGUGAACUGAUGUCUGAAGCUGUCUCCAUGCACAAUCUUGAUGCUACCAACCGUGCUUCUGUUAAGCUGCUUUUCAAGUUGUACUUGACUCAGACGACUAUCAAGAUCGUCCCCCUAGAUCAACCAUCCAUUUGGCACACCUUUGAGUCCAUCAAGGCUUUAGCUGACAAGAUGAAAGCAGAGAGUGGGGACACUGGCACAGAUGACAUCGUCUAUGUGGAUGACUAUGUCCCGAAGCAGCCUGAAAAGGAUGAACUAGUACCGAAGGAGGAGGAGGCAAAGGGCAGUGCUGUAGGGAAUUCUGAUGCUCCCUCAUCAGAAAACAAUGAUACAAGCAUAGGAGGUAGUGACAGCACUUCAGCUGUUGCAGAUGCAGCCCAGAAUGAAGCAAACGAGGGAGAAAAGGCACCCGGAGAUGCUGCUCCUGCUCCUCCAGACGCCCCGGACAACGACACUGACAAAGGUGCUGAUGGUAACCCUGCUCCUCCGCCAACCAUUCCAGUCAACAAGUGGGUUAAAGUCAUCUUAGAUAAGAUGAUAGAGGAAUAUGCCAGCACAGAAUCUAUGGAUGAACUUAUCUUUGGCCCAGGGCUACCUGAAAAUGAAACCAAACAUGUUAAAGUUAUGGUGGCCAGCUUGAAGCAGUACUUCUAUUGCAAGAAAACGAAGGAGGGGGGAUGAUAUAACUGUCCUCUAUCAAAAACAUUCACCCGAGAAGGUUGUAGAAAUCUUGAACAAGAGUGAUGGAGAGAAUGGUGGUUAUGCAUUUGUCGAAAAGGAGGCACUACCCAAGUAUGAUGAGUUCAUAGAUUUCGUACGAUCUGGAAGAAACAAGCCCAUAAGAUUAAAACCAGGUGAAAGUCCAGAGAAUCUGUCAGGGCCUGAUGGUCCAAGAAGGUUUUUGAAAAGGAGAAGAUUUCGUAAGCAAGACAUUCUGCGUGCUCAGCAUUACCAGCAGCAGCAGAGGAAAUGAGAGAAGUUGAGAGCAUCAGAUUUUUUGACAAUAGGCAGCAAUCAUGUGUGGAAUGAAACUGAAGAUGGAAAAUGCAUGGCCUGGAACAUCCGAUUGUCCAUAGAAAUUUGGGGUUAAAAGUCUGUCAAACUAGCUGACAAUGCUGACUGCGCCUCAUGGUGCACAACAGUGAAGAUGCAUCGAUCAGAAAUACUUUCACUGUGUUCAAGUCUGAUGCAUCAUAAUUAUGACCCAGAUGUUUUAAUGUGUUACUUUAUUAUACAAUUUGUGUGUUAUGGUGUACAUUUUGUACUGUUGGUCUUCUUUCAUUCAUUGCAUCCUGUGCAGGAGAUAGCUUUUUCAAAAAAAUCCAGAAAAGAGGGUAUUAGUGCCCUUCAUGUAUUAAACUAACACCAUAAUAGAAUGCAAUGUAUAUUUUGUAUUGGAGCCUCUAAAAGACCUUGCCUUUUUAAUAAUGACACUGACUAGCAGUAUGUGGGAGAACCUCAAGAGUUAUUGUCCAUGAAAUGCUUGGGCACAGUAGUUUUUCUGUUUAGUAACUGUAGAAUUGUAGUUCACUGACAAACACAUGUUUUGUCCUAUAGUUAUUAAUUCGUCUAUGAUGAUUGUUUUAUAUGAUUUACAUAGCAAGAAUUAUAUUUUGUAUUAAAGUUGAUUUAAGGUAAUUUCAUUUUGAUGACUGACUCGCUCCAACAUGUGAUCCUGCAUGCUGUGAGGGAAGGUAAAUGGAAAGAUGUUUUGGUGUUAUUUUCCUAGUGUUCUGUGCAUUUUGGCAUAUUUUAUAUUCUUCUGACCUGUGCUGGGAGCAUACUUUUCAUUCAUUCACUAUUUUACAUUCUUUUUGUGUUGGUAGUUUUGGAAAUGUCUUAAAAAAUUUACUCCAGGUUUUAGGUUUCAUUGUCAUCACCAGUGUCUUAAAUAGUGGUCCAGUCGUGAGAAGUGUCAUUCAAAAUGAAAGAUCAUUAACUAUUCAGAUGACUGGAGUUCUAAAAUGCCACUAAUCAGAUUAAUCAUGUAAUCAGGGUAGCAUCAGCUAAAAGAUUUUGCUGGAUUAGGAUUUCUGUUCUCAGUCAUAGACCUUAGAGGCUAAAGUCUAUGGAAAUGAGGUCGAUAUAUAUUACACCUGAAAAUAUUUUGAGUUUGUCACUCUUUGAUCAUAUGACACAUGUAAUGAUGUUGACAUUUGAACAAGCUUUUGUGCUAUUAUUGACUGUGAAAGUAUUUCAAAAUGAAAUAUGUUGAUCUUCACUGGUUUUUGUUGUUGUUUUUGUAGUCUUGAUGUAACAGUAGCUUAUCUAACCAACCUUUGCUUGGGAUAUUAGCCUAGAACCAAGGAAUCCCUUGGUUUAAAACGGAGGUACUGAAUGAACUCAUUACACUUGCUUGUGCGAAUUUGUAUUAAUUAUUUCCACCUGCCUGACAUCUUGAAGUACUUCUUUCUUGUAGAAGUGAGGUGAAUGGUUGAUGGAAACAUAAUUACUUAAUGCUAAUGAUCCAAACAUUUAUGAUAAAGUAACCUCCAGAAUUUUAGGACAUUUUUGGAGGAAGCAGAUAUGUCUUUGAUUUUGCUUUUAAUCUGUACCCGAGUAAACGUUUGAGUAUGUAUCAUUUGAAGGUACUUGUGCACACUAUUGGAUUCUUUUGUUACAAAAUGUUAAUUUCUGUCAGCACAAGACCUACAAUGCAAUAAAAUAUUUCAUUAAA